AUGGCCUGGCCAUUUUCUCGCCCUUAUCCGGAGCGGAAAGCAGUUGAUGUCGACGACAAAACUUUCGACUUCGUUAUUGUAGGCGCAUGUGCCAUCGCCUCCCGACUCAGCGAAGACCCGAGCACCAGUGUCCUUGUCAUUUGUAAAGGCAAGUCUGAGCCUCACGAGCAGUGGACCGGAUGCAAGACCCGAACUUUCAAUACUCAGGCACUUGGUGGUGCCACCAGAGUCAACGGCCUGAUGCUCACACGCGGCGCGCCGGGUAACUACAACCAGUGGGCUGCGCUUGGUAAUGAUGAAUGGAGCUGGGACAAGUGCGAGCCAUACUUUAAGAAGAUUGAGAACGCUGCUUGCCAUCCCGACGCUCCCUAUCGCGGCCAUGAAGAAUCCCAUGAACUUCCCGAUAGACCAAUAAAUAGUACCAUUCAAAAAGCAGCAGGCGACAUGAACCUCCCGGUAGAAGAUGACGGCAACAACCCAAAUGCCCCGGCAAUAGGCCUCUUCACGACCGACGUCAUGAUAGACAAGUUUGGCUACCGUCAUUCCUCAUUGGCAGCUUACCUCCCAAAGUCGACGGUUCAUGAGCGUGAAGGCAGACUCACACUCUGUACUGGUGUUGUAGCCACGAAGGUUCAGACGAAUGAAGAUGGGACAGAGGCGACGGGCGUUUACAUCUUGGAUCAUCUUGACAAGAGUCCUGCCAGGCAAUGCUUCGUAAAGGCUAAAAGAGAGGUCAUCAUCUGUUGUGGCACCCACUUCACACCGCAGCUUCUUAUGCUGAGCGGUAUAGGGCCAAAGGAGCAUCUUGCAAAACACAAUAUCUCACUUGUACGAGAUAUGCCAGGAGUCGGGGCUGAUCUUCAAGACCACAUAACCUUCGGCAUCGCAUUCCGCACCCGCCUCGUCGAUUCAUAUCUCCGGCUAUUCAGUCCCCUCAUUGGCAUUUGGCAUUUCAUCCUCUUCCUUCUUUUCAAAACUGGCUUGUUGGUGACUUCUGGUACCAGAUUGUGCGCUUGGUCCCACACAAGCACUAUUGAUGAGACCACGAUGACUGUGAGCCAUCACGGCAACGACAUUGAUGAGAAGCACGACAACACGGAUGCCCUGAAACCUGAGAACGUGCCUGAUAUUGAGCUCCUGUUCACCAAUGCUUCGUACGACUAUGAGAAGGGCAAGGGAUACUGCGCAUUUCAGACAACGCUAGUACAACCAUUUUCCAGGGGCAGAAUCGAGCUCGCCUCCUCAGAUCCUCUGGCGCACCCGAAAGUGUUCCAUCACUACAUCACAGACCCCCGCGACUGGGCCGCGGCGCGCAAGGCCGCCCGGUUUUCGAUGAACUUUGUAGAGCGCUUCCGCAAGACGGAGUAUCCUUUCAACGCUACCUGGCAUCUCGCCCCCGGAGUCAAGGCCGGCACGGUCGAAGGUGGAUGGCGGGAUGUGACGGACGAGCAGAUUGACGCCUACAUCAGGGAGCGUUUGUUCAACAUCUACCACGCGACUUCAACGUGCCGCAUGGGGACCGUAGAGAAUAAUGGUGUAGUCGGGCAAGAUUUGAAGGUCCACGGGUUCAGAAACCUGCGGAUUGCGGAUGCGAGCGUUUUCCCAAAGGUGACGGAGUGCCCACACCGUGGCGCCGACUUACAUGGUGGCAGAGCGAUGUGCCGACUUUAUCAAGCGUGA